UUUGAUCGUCUUGUCUACUCCGGAGAGCAGUGUACGCCAUGUAAUACCUCCACGCGGUCCAGCGAUGACGCUACACACUCACAAAGCCUUCGGUUCGGAACAAGUAAUCCCCUGUUCAAUUCGCCAUAGUCGCCGGGAAUUCUUCUGUGUAAACCUAGAUUUUCGUCCGAAUUCAGUGGAGAAACUCUCCCAGAGAGUUCCUCCUGUCUGUUAUUGCCGGAAUCCUUCAGAAAAUGGUGAAAAUUUGAUCAUAAAUACACGCAUUUCCUAUGGAAGGAGGCGAGAUGUAUUGGUCACGCCAUUUCUCGCUAUCGGAGCGUGUUUUCUGCAUUCUGUCGUUGCGAGAGCAGAAGAGAAGGCACCGGAGAGUGCAUCAACGGUGCCAGUUACGACGGUUGAUGAGAAGAAGAAGGAGGAGGUGAUAAUAUCUAGGGUUUAUGAUGCAACCGUUAUGGGAGAGCCUCUGGCUAUCGGGAAGGAUGGUAGUAGGGUUUGGGAAAAGCUUUUGAAGGCUCGUAUUGUUUAUUUAGGGGAAGCUGAACAAGUCCCAAUUCGUGACGAUAAGGAUCUUGAGCUUGAAAUAGUAAAAAACUUACGGAACAAGUGUCUCGAGGAGGACAGACCUAUCUCUCUGGCUCUAGAAGCUUUCCCAUGCAAUUUACAGGAGCAACUUAAUCAAUACAUGGAUAAAAGGAUUGAUGGUGAAACCUUGAAGUCGUACGCCUCACAUUGGCCACCUCAGCGCUGGCAGGAGUAUGAGCCUCUUUUGAGUUACUGUUGUGAUAAUGGAGUUCGGCUUGUUGCUUGUGGUACUCCACUUGAGGUUCUUAGGACUGUUCAAGCUGAAGGUAUUCGGGGGCUUUCUAAGGCAGAUCGUAAGAUUUAUUCUCCUCCAGCUGGAUCAGGCUUCAUUGCUGGCUUUACUUCCAUCUCUCGUAGGUCAUCUAUAGAUAUGAAUUCUCUGAAUCAAUCUCUUCCUUAUGGGCCAAGUUCAUAUCUAUCAGCACAAGCAAGGGUUGUUGAGGAUUAUACAAUGUCCCAGGUUAUCAUACAGGCAUUGGUAGAUGCAGGUUCCACAGGUAUGCUAAUUGUUGUAACAGGUGCAAGCCAUGUCAUAUAUGGAUCAAGGGGGACAAGGUUGCCUGCUAGAAUUUCACCAAAGUUGCAAAAGAAGAAUCAAGCAGUUAUCUUACUUGAUCCGGAGAGGCAACUCAUAAGAAGAGAGGGAGAAGUUCCUGUUGCUGAUUUCUUGUGGUAUUCUGCAGCUAGACCUUGUACUAGAAACUGUUUUGAUCGUGCUGAAAUUGCUCGAGUAAUGAAUGCUGCUGGUAGAAGGCGAAAUGCUCUACCCCAGGACCUUCAGAAGGGGCUUGAUCUUGGUCUGGUAUCACCAGAAGUUCUACAAAACUUCUUUGAUCUGGAGCAAUAUCCUCUUAUUUCAGAACUCACUCAUCGCUUUCAGGGCUUCCGGGAAAGAUUGUUGGCAGACCCCAAAUUCUUACAUAGGCUUGCUAUAGAAGAAGCUAUAUCAAUAACAACAACUCUUUUAGCACAGUAUGAAAAGCGGAAGGAAAAUUUCUUUGAAGAGCUUGACUAUGUUAUCACAGAUACAGUACGGGGUUCUGUUGUUGAUUUCUUCACUGUGUGGCUUCCAGCACCAACUCUCUCAUUCCUUUCAUAUGCUGAUGAGGAGGCGGGGCCUGAGACCAUGGAUGUGCUGAAGAGUCUUCUUGGAUCCGUCCCCGAUAAUGCAUUUCAAAUGAAUACUGCUGGGAAGGACUGGAAUCUAAGUCAUAGGGUUGCGUCAGUGCUUAUUGGUGGGCUGAAACUUUCUGGUGUUGGUUUUGUUUCCAGUAUUGGUGCUGUGGCAUUCUCUAAUCUUCUGUAUGCAAUAAGGAGAGCUAUGAAUCCAGCUUUGGAAAUUAGUCAAAAGAAUAAAAGAUCUCCAAUAUUCAAGACUGCAAUUGUUUACGGGGGCUUUCUUGGAACGUCAGCAAAUCUACGGUAUCAGGUUAUUGCUGGAAUAGUGGAACAUCGGAUUUCAGAUUACUUGCUAUCAUCUCAACCAUUAUUUGUAAAUAUGCUAUCUUUUCUUGUUCGGACAAUCAACUCCUACUGGGGAACUCAGCAAUGGAUCGAUCUUGCUCGGUUAACGGGAAUACAGACAAGAAAAAUUGAAGCGCCAUCCUACCAAUCUUCAGAUGCUUCUAAUCGAUCUGCCUUAAGUUGCAAUGCCAUUAAAGAUGCCAAUAUAGAUGAAAUCCAGAAUCAAUCAGGAGAUAAUCCUUCCUAGUGGUCAUGCUGUAGACUUUUUACACCAUUUUCUUUGGACAGGUGCAGGAAUAAUUUGUAAGCAAGGGAUCUUAACUCCCAAUUCUAAUAUAUAUGGCCAUUUCCUGCAUUUUGUUUAAUAUGGCUCUUGAAAUUUUGCAAGUUUAUUGAGCAAAUUAAUGGAUUCUUCUCGGAUGCAUAAAAAAAAUGGAUUCUUCAUGGCUUCUUAUGAAAUAACCUGCAGCUUCUGAACUCUAGUGAUCAUUGAGAUAAUGGGGGCAGUUGAGAAGGAUACAACUACCAAUUAUCUGUUAUAGAUUGUACAAUUUUUGGUUAAAUAAAUGUAUUUUUUUCCAUUCUCCCGAUGUCUGGUGUUGA